AUGGCUGCUUCUACGAAUAAUGCGAGCACCACUAAACAAAGUAGUAUUUCUUCACUAGCCGAAGGGUCAGAGGCCGAAGUAACCGAGUUUUGCCCUGGUUUUAAGGAUGUGGAUGCUUUUGUAAAGCAUGGACUGGGUACUGUUGUCGCUGCUACGAAAGCAGCAGCUGGUCUUCCUCAGUCUGGAGACGAAUUUGACUUUUACCGCAGCUUCCCCGGGUUCCAGGAGUUCUGCGCCACGCAAGGGGACAGACUCUUGUCCUGUAUGAGUCAAAUCAUGCAGCACCAUGGCUGCAGGUCCCACGUGAGGGACCGGAACAAGCUGACCGGCCUGGAGGACCGCUUUGACCUGGUGGUUGAAACCAAUGACACCAUUUUGGAGAGAGUGGGUAUUUUGCUGGAUGAAGCUUCAGGAGUGAACAGAGCUCAACAGCCUGUGAUGCCAGCAGGAUACCAGCCACCCAAAAUUGUCGUGUCCAGCUGGAAUCGUAAGGGCAGUUCUGGCUCUAGGUCUGAGACGUUCCAAUUGCUCCACGCUAAAAACAUCCAGAGGCCGCAGCUGAAAUUUCUGGAGAAAGUCGACAACACCAACACUCCUUUCAUUUCAAAAAUCUUCGUCAAGCCCAAUGCCAUCAAACCGCUGCAGCCGUACUUCACUGAUAAACACCUGCGGAGACAGAGGCCAGAGGACCUGGACGUGCCGGCAGCUCUGGCUGACUUCAUCCAUCAGCAGCGAACACAGGAGCACAUGGAUGACAUGUUCUGUCAUCCAUACCAGUAUGAACUGGACCAUUUAUCCAUGCCAGAGAGUCUGAAGGCUAAACCAGAGCCACAGAUGUACAAACCUCUCUCUGAGACCAGCUGUACUUUCAUUGACACACUGGAGGACCUGGUGGCCUUAAAUGAGAAGCUGGCCAAGACCACCGAAUUUGCUGUAGAUCUGGAGCAUCAUUCCUACAGAAGUUUCCUGGGAAUCACCUGUCUGAUGCAGGUGUCCACCAGAGAGGAGGACUUCAUCAUAGACACACUGGAACUGCGUGCCAACAUGUACAUCCUCAAUGAGACCUUCACUGACCCCACCAUUGUCAAGGUUUUCCAUGGAGCAGAUUCAGAUAUCGAGUGGCUACAGAAAGACUUCAGUGUCUAUGUUGUCAACAUGUUUGACACCCAUCAGGCAGCGCGGGCCCUCAACCUGGGCAGGAACUCUCUUGACCACCUUCUGAAGGUCUACUGCAACGUGGACUCAGACAAACGCUACCAGCUGGCCGACUGGAGAAUCCGGCCUUUGCCAGAGGAGAUGCUGAAGUAUGCCCGAGCAGAUACACACUAUCUGCUCUACGUGUAUGACAGACUCAGGGCGGACCUGCUUGAUGCGGGUAACGGACAGCCUGCCCUUUUACAGCUUGUCUGGACCAAGAGCAAAGACAUUUCCCUAAAGAAAUAUGUCAAACCCAUCUACACAGAGGACUCCUACAUGGAACUGUACAGAAAACAGAAGAAAAUCUUCAACACACAGCAGCUAGCUGCCUUCAGGCUGCUUUACGGUUGGAGAGAUAAACUGGCCAGGGAAGAGGACGAAAGCACAGGAUACGUCUUACCCAACCACAUGAUGAUGAAGAUCGCUGAGGUGUUGCCAAAAGAGCCCCAGGGCAUCCUAGCCUGCUGCAACCCUGUCCCUCCACUCGUACGGCAGCAGAUCAAUGAGCUCCACCUGCUGGUCAAACAGGCUCGCGACAUCCCUCUGCUCAAGGCCGAAGUGCUUGUCGAAAAGAAGAUAGCUCAGACACCCAAAAGACAGUCUGAGGGCAGCCUGUUUGGUCCUCAUGACUCCUCCCACGUCUCUGAGGAUGACCUCCCCGACCUCUCCCUGCACGAAAGCCCAGCCAAGCGUGGAGUCCUGUUUUCUGAUGAAGAUGCUGACAUUAAAACAGGACCUAUGAAUGGUCUCUUUGCCUCUCCACAAAUCAUGCUGUUUGACGAAGAGGUGGUGAAAGACUCUGGCCAUUUCACUGUGGCCCAGCAGAAAGCCAACAGCAUCAUGGAGUCUUUUGAGAAUCCGUUCCGCAUGUAUUUACCUUCAAAGGAUAUUCACAUUUCCAAAAAUGCCAAAUAUGACCCCUCAUCCAAGAUUUAUGAGAUCAGUAACAGGUGGAAGUUGCAGAGCAUGGAGCAGCAGCAGAGAGAGGCCCAGGCCAGACAGAAAGCCAGAGAAGAGGCACAGAAAGCUAGAGAGGAGCGUAAAAAGACCAAACAGAACUAUCAGGAGUCACUGCAGAAUGUGGCUACUGUUCGCGAGCAGGUUACUGAAGCUGGAAAGAAGGGAGGACAGAAAAGGGAGAGGGUUGAGAGUGAGCCAGGUGGGGACACGCCCAAACAACAUAAAAAACAACUGAAAUCUGCACAAACAUCGGACAGUGUUCAGUCUGCCACAGCCACCAAGAGGGGUCAGAAAAUGGCACAAAAGCCAGAGGACAGCCAGCAAGUUCCACCCUCAGACUUCAAACCCUUUGACUACAGCCAAUCAGAUUUCAAGAUGUUUGCUGGAAAAUCGAAUGAUAACUCACAGUUUGAUCCAAACAGACAAGCUCACGAUGCCAGGAGAAAGAAAAACCCAAAAGGGCACAAGCAGACUUCCAGUGGAAACAGGAGUAUGUCUUACCUGCCUACAGGGAAGUCUGACAGAGGAUUCCGUCAUAACUGGCCCAAAAGAUAGACUCUACGCUGGACUCUACACUUUAUACUUCACACUGUUCAAGGGUCCGCUUCCCCCACUUUGCCCAGAAUGGUCUGUGGUUAAAGGACUGGUUUACCAGUUGUUAAUUCUUUUUAUUUUAUUGUGGAACAGUUGUAUUGAUGAGGAUCUGAUGCGCUCCACAGGCUGUGAUAGUUCAAAGAUGCUAAUGUUAAUGUCAGAGCUGGAAACAGCAGAAUUAAUGGGAGCAGACCAGCCAAGAUGUUGCCUCCCCUUGUGUCCAACUAAUGAUGCAAACUGUUAAAGUCCUCCAAGUCAACCAUCACUUCAGUGGAAUUUACCAAGUCCCUGCCAAUAGUUUUGUUUUAUGGUAAAAAUCAGAAAGUGAAAAAAGGUAAACCUUUUCUUUAUUAAAAUCAUUGUUCUUUUGGUAAUGCAGUUGUGCAAAAUGUUACGAAACAUGUUUCUGAAUUUCUUAACACCCAGUU